AUGGAGACGGCUGCUUGUCUGGUUGAAGCCAAUGAACCGGUAUAUCCAUUGGAUAUCGUCCGAACAAUGCGUGAUCAGCGGGCCAUGCUCAUCCAAACAGCGGUGCUUCUUUUUAUUCGAAAAAUAAAUGAAUGA